AUGGAAGGUGAAGAGGGAACACAGCAGCCGCAGCUUGUGCUUGCAAACAAGCUAUUCUUGCUCACUCAAAACGACGUUGAUGACAUCGAAAAGGUUCGCCUUCGAGACGAGGUCUUCCAAUUCAUCCUCGCCAACGAUAUGGCGCCGCUGUACGAAGCAUUAGUUGCAGCCAAAGUUUUGGAUCUGGAUCAGAAAGCCCUCGAUUCGAUGCGUUCAAAGAUAAAUGAAGAGUUAAAGAAGCUCGAAGAGAAGAUUGCUGAUUCAGAAGAAAAUUUGGGUGAAAGUGAAGUUAGGGAAGCUCACUUAGCCAAAUCCUUAUUUUACAUUCGAAUUGGGGACAAGGAGAAGGCACUGGAGCAACUAAAGAUAACCGAGAGCAAAACAGUUGCGGUCGGACAAAAGAUGGAUUUGGUAUUCUACACUCUACAGAUAGGUUUUUUCCACAUGGACUUUGAUCUUAUCUCUAAAAGCAUUGACAAAGCAAAGAACUUGUUUGAAGAGGGGGGUGACUGGGAGAGAAAGAACCGUUUGAAGGUGUAUGAGGGAUUAUUCUGCAUGUCUACUCGCAAUUUCAAAAAAGCCGCCACUCUGUUUCUCGACUCCAUUUCAACUUUCACAACCUACGAGCUCUUCCCUUAUGACACCUUCAUAUUUUACACUGUUCUUACUAGCAUCAUAUCCUUGGAUAGAGUUUCCUUGAAGCAAAAGGUGGUGGAUGCCCCAGAGAUAUUGACUGUUAUUGGCAAAAUCCCAUAUUUGUCAGACUUUCUGAACUCCCUUUAUGAUUGUCAGUAUAAAUCAUUUUUCACCGCUUUUGCUGGCUUGACCGAGCAUAUUAAGUUGGAUCGCUAUCUGCAUCCACACUUCCGGUACUACAUGAGGGAGAUAAGAACUGUAGUUUAUUCCCAGUUCUUAGAAUCCUACAAGAGUGUAACUAUUGAAGCUAUGGCUAAAGCAUUUGGAGUCACAGUGGAUUUCAUUGAUGUGGAGCUGUCUCGGUUUAUUGCCGCUGGGAAGUUACAUUGCAAGAUAGACAAAGUUGCCGGUGUGCUAGAAACCAAUCGUCCGGACGCGAAAAAUGCCCUUUACCAGUCGACCAUCAAGCAGGGAGAUUUAUUAUUGAACCGUAUUCAGAAGCUAUCUCGUGGAUCGCACUGGUCUCUGUUCGUCAGGAGUUGUCCGAGUACGGAAUGCGCGUCGGGCGCUGAGGGUGUGUGUGCGCGUUGGGCGCUGCCUGCGCAUCGAGCACUACGGAUGCAAAUCGUCGGUUACUGGCGAGAUUCUCGCGAGUUUGUGCGUCGCUGCACGGGUCUCGCUGGGGAUCUCGCGAUCUGCACGAGAGUCGCGCGUCUGAGCUCGACAGGAACGUCGUGCGCGUCAGGUGUACGGGUCGCGAGGAUGGCGUCGAGGUCGUCAUGGGUCUGCACGUGGCCGGGAUCUUUAAAUCGCGUUGGGCUUUCUGGUCACGUCUGGUUUGCAGGUCGUGAGGAUGACGCUGAGGUCAUCGUGGUCGAGUAG